ACAUUUCUCUGAGAGCGAAGGCAAGAAAGACACAUUCUUUACCUUCAAAAAAAUGGAGUCAAAGAAAAAGAGCUUGCUCUUAGAGCUUCAAGGUUUUCUGCUAUUGAAUGUGCUCAUGCUUUGCAUGGCUAGGAAGCAUAUUACUACUGUUGAUUGGGUUGUCAAGGAAGCUUCAUAUACUCGGCUGUGCAGUACCAAGAAGAUCUUGACUGUAAAUGGGCUAUUUCCAGGGCCAGCUAUUUAUAUGCGCAGAGGAGAUAGACUCAAAGUAAACGUUCGAAAUGCAGGAGAGUACAAUGUCACCAUUCACUGGCAUGGAGUGAAGCAACCAAGGAAUCCAUGGUCUGAUGGGCCAAACUACGUGACGCAGUGCCCAAUCAAACCAGGGGCAAAUUUCACUUAUGAAAUCGUUUUGUCGAACGAGGAAGGAACCAUUUGGUGGCAUGCCCACAGCGACUGGUCCCGUGCCACCGUUCAUGGCCCACUCAUUGUUCUCCCUAAACUUGGAAAAGGUUUCCCAUUUGUCAAGCCUCAUAAAGCAGUUCCCAUCGUUUUAGCAUCAUGGUUUAAGGGAGAUGUGAUGGAGAUCAUUGAAACUGCUCUUGAAAAUGGUGGAGAACCCAAUAAAUCGGAUGCUUUCACCAUUAAUGGUCAACCAGGGGAUCUAUACAAUUGUUCAAAGGAAGGGACGUUCAAAAUGGUGGUUGAUUAUGGAAAAACUUAUCUUCUUCGCAUCAUCAAUUCUAUUAUGAACGAGGAAAUGUUCUUCAUGGUUGCUAAUCACAACUUGACUGUUGUCGGCACCGACGGGGCUUAUAUUAAACCCAUAACAACCAGCUAUAUCAUGAUAACCCCGGGACAAACAAUGGAUGUCCUCAUCACAGCAAAUCAGCCUCCUAGUCACUACUAUAUGGCAUCUAGGGCUUAUGCUGAGUUAGUAUUUGAUAACACUACCACGACUGCAAUACUGCAAUAUAGUGGAAACUACGCUGCCCCAUCGACACCUUCAUUUCCAAAUCUUCCCAAUUUCGCUGAUAUCGACUCAGUUACAAAUUUCACUAGGCGCCUUAAGGCCCUAGCCACCAAAGACUACCCAGUGGAUGUUCCACAAUCUGUUGAUACUAGAUUGUACAUCACAAUUUCUGUGAAUACUUUGCCAUGUGCAAACAAUUCAUGUGAUGGACCCAAUGGCACAAGGCUUUCUGCGAGCUUGAACAAUAUAAGCUUCGUGGAGCCAUCAAUUGAUGUGUUACAAGCGUAUUACAGAAGUAUCCAGCACGUUUACGAGUCUGAUUUCCCGAAUGAGCCCCCUUACUCUUUCAACUUCACUGGGGACAAUUUGCCGAAUACUUUAUUGACACCAGAACAGGGGACUAAAGUGAAAGUUUUGGAUUAUAAUUCUACUGUGGAGAUUGUGUUCCAAGGAACUAAUGUGCUGAAUGGAGCGGAGAAUCAUCCAAUGCAUUUGCAUGGGUACAGCUUUUACCUCGUUGGAUAUGGUUUUGGGAACUUCAACAAUGAGACUGAUCCAAAAAGUUAUAAUUUGGUUGAUCCUCCUGAAGUCAAUACCAUUGGAGUCCCCACGAAAGGAUGGGCUGCCAUCAGAUUCAGAGCUGAUAAUCCAGGGGUAUGGUUCAUGCAUUGUCAUUUGGAAAGACAUGCUAGCUGGGGCAUGGACACCGUUCUGAUUGUGAAGAAUGGAAGAACCCGAUUAACGAGCAUGCGGCAGCCACCUCGUCAAUUGAAUCCUUGCUAAGUACUUAUCUAUUUUUUUUAUGAAGGGAGAUUUUGGGGUUGUUUUCAAAUAUUUGUUAUGGAUUUUUAUCCAAUUACCGUUUUGAUUGGGAGUGUAAGGAAUAAAUGAAAUUUGUUGUCAAGUGAAAUAUGGCGCCGUGCAAUGAA